GGACCAAAAUGAAAGAAAAAAAAAUUUGCUUAAGGAAGGAAGUUCCCGCUGGUGUUGGUUACUGUAACGGAGGCUCGACUCGAGUAGACUGACUCACCGUGUUUCAAAUCGGAAGCGAAAAUGGAGAAGCUGAAAUCGGCGAUUCCAGAGAGCAUAAAGCUAAUGUUGUGGGAGAGCACUGAAGAGGAUCUUCCUCAAACAUGUUCCUCUCUUCUCGACUUUCUUCUUCAUUUCCCGCCGUUUCACCAAAUGGUGAGAGACCUGGCUGACUUGGAUAGGGCUUUGUGCGGGAAGAACAAGGAGGAAGCUUUGAAGUGGAAGGUCAAGGGUAAUCAGUGCUUCGCUACCGGAGAUUAUGCCAAUGCUUUGGACUCCUAUUCCCAGGCAUUGCGAGUUGCUCCAAUACAAGCUGAUGAAAUGGAUAAAAACCUGGUUGCUACUUUGUACUUGAAUCGGGCUUUCGUUCUCUAUAAAAUGAAACUCCUAACAGAAUGUGUACGAGACUGCAAUCGCGCACUUCAGUUUUCUCCCAGCUAUGCAAAGGCAUGGUACAGAAGAGGUAUGGCAAACGCUUCUUUGGGAAUUUAUGAGUAUGCAGUCAAUGACUUGAAUGUGGCCAAGAGUGUGGAGGUGUCAUCAGGGGGAAGGAGUCAGAUUGAAAAUGAGCUGCAGACACUUUUAGAUCGACAUAGUAGAACAAGAUCACCACAACAACUUUCUUUAGGAGACUUGAAUAUUUUUGAUGAACUACACCAAAUAAAGCUACAAUGUGCCAACUCACCAGAUAAAGGAAGGGGUAUGGCUUCAACAAGUGACAUUCCACAAGCCUCCUUAGUUCAUACUGAAGAACCUUUUGCAAUUGUAAUAUUAAAGAAUUGUCGAGAAUCUCAUUGUCAUUACUGCUUGAAUGAACUACCACUUGAUAAAGUUCCUUGUACAUCAUGCUCUAUACCAUUUUACUGUUCCCAGAAAUGUCAACUGUUAGCAGGGGGGAGACUGUUAAAUUAUCCCAAGGGUCGUGGCGCUCUUGAAAAUUUAUCUGACACUCUCAAACAGUAUGUUGCCCAGAUCACCUUAGGUGACAAUUCUGAAACAGACAUUGAGCAUAUUCCUGAGCAUAAACAUGAGUGUAAAGGUGCACACUGGCCUUCAGUGUUGCCAUCAGAGAUAGUUUUGGCUGGUCGAUUAUUUGUGAAGUCUGUAAUGCAGAGAGGUUCCCAGGAGAUUGCUAAUCUCAUAGAAAUUCUGGAGCUUUCGCACCAUUAUUCGCAAAUGUCUCCUGAAAGCAAAUUGGAAUCACAUAUAUAUUCCACUGUAUUGUUAUGCUGUCUUCAGCAUUCCAGUGACUUCGAAAUUCAGAUAAACGGGUUCACCAUAGCACAGGUCGUCAUUCUUAUAUCUCAAAUUAGGGUAAAUUCUAUGACAAUUGUUCGUAUGAAAUCCACUGACAUUCAUGGGCAUGACGAUCAAUUUGAUAAAGUUUCAUCAGGAGCUCUUACUAGUAGUGUGGAACAGGUCAAAGUAGGUCAAGCUAUUUAUAGGGGUGGCAGUCUUUUUAAUCAUUCUUGCCAGCCAAAUAUUCAUGCAUAUUUCAUUUCACGUACACUCUGCAUACGAACAACAGAAUUUGUAGCAGCAGGAUGUCCCCUGGAGUUGUCCUAUGGUCCGCAGGUUGGGCAGUGGGAUGCCAAAGAUCGUAAUGAGUUUCUAGAAAAUGAGUACUCAUUUCGCUGUCAGUGCAGUGGUUGUUCAAAAGCAAAUUUUUCUGACCUUGCUCUGAAUGCUUUCCGGUGUGUCAAACCAAAUUGUCCUGGCAUCGUGUUAGAUGGCUGUGUUCUCAACUGUGAAAAGCAUAAAAUAAAGAAACUUGCCCACAUCAGCAGAACAAGCAGCUUGGAACCUUAUUUCCAGGCUGAGAAUUUCAACAGUGAUAGUAUAAAUGAAGUGACGCUGGAUACAUUUUUGCACAGCAAUAACUUAUCAAAUAUGAAUCCGGGAUUUUGUUUGAAAUGUGACUCUUACCGCGAUCUAGAAUCUUCUCGUUCAGCGGUAAAUAAAGGUUGGAAAUGUAUCAGGAGGUUACAAGAUGCUAUAGUUUCAGAAGAUAUAUCUAGUUCCAAACUUUCAGAUGCCUCAAGAUCACUUCAUCUACUGAAGUCAAUUCUACAUGCAUACAAUAGGAGCAUUGCAGAGGUGGAGGACAUUCUUGCGCAGGCUUUCUGUCUGGUUGGAGACUUGCAACCAGCAAAGGAACACUGUAAAGCUUCAAUCGAGAUUCUGGAAAAGCUCUACCCCCGUAAUCAUAUUGUCAUUGGACACGAACUGGUGAAGCUAUCAUCAAUUCAGCUAGCCCUGAGAGAUUCUACUGCCACGGAGACCAUAAAUCAACUGGUUGAAAUAUUUUCAUGUUAUUAUGGAAAGCAUGCCGAUAUCAUUUUCCCGCCUCUUCAAUUCUUUCGUAAAGAAACUCAGAAGAUUGUCCUGUAAAAUGCUGAAUUUAUUUGAUUUCUUUUUUU